AUGCAUACAAAUAUUUCCAUACCUGAAUUUGUACCUGUGCCUUCUCCAAACCACUAUUUCAUAGGGAAUGACGCUAAAUACGUUGAUGAACAUCCUAUUAGACUAAUAGAGGACAGGUUCCAUAAGUGGCAUGAUAUUGUUACUGGAUUAGUCGUUUAUCUAAGAGAAGUAGCAUACGCACAUGAACAAAGUGCUCGCAUGAAUCUUAGAUUACAGGAACGUGCAGUUAAUUUGCGUUGUUUAACAGACCUUAACGAUCAAACCAAUGCGAUAUACGAACCAAUUGAGAUAAAUCAACCAAAGAAAAGACCACAAAAUGUACCAAUUAUUCAACAAAAACAGCAGCAGGAGCAACAAACGCAACAAGAAGAAAAAAAUUCCAUUAAGGGUAUUAAUAUUGUUGAAAGUAGAAGAGGAUCUGCAUUAUCUGGUUUUAUGGAAUUCGGUACUGGCUCCAUUCAGGAUUUACAAGUUGUUUUGAAGAAAUAUCAUGGGUCUAUAUCUAGCCAUGAAUAUAAGAUCUCCAAAGAAAUAUUACAAUACGUAGUUCCAAAUAUGGAAUCCCUAGCAAAAGAGCUUAGGAAAUAUCGUAAAGAGAUUAUAUUAUUAUCAAGAGAUUUUAAAACUAAUUUGGAUGAACAUCGAGCUACUAUAAAAAAAUCAGUGAACAAGUAUCGUGAGAUAUGCAAAAACGAUUUUACCUGUAUGGAACCAUGUGCAGAUCCUUUCCUCGUAAGAAAACAACUCAAUAAGAAAUAUAUUGGGCAUCGAUCUGAAGAAAGAUAUCUUCGAGAAGCAUAUAUCAAUUUGCAAAGUACAGCGAUGAAUCUUGAAAAGAAAAUUGUUAUCAAAGUUCAAUGCGCUUUAGAAAGGUAUCAUAACUUAAUUGAUGCAGAGGCAAGAUUAAUUCUAAAGAAUUUGUGUCACGAAUUGCAACAAGGUAUACUUGAUAGAAAACCAUUAGAAGAAUGGGACCAUUUUGUAGAAAAUCAUCCACAUGCAUUGUUGCCUUUGAAAUCUGGAGUAAAAGUUGAUAAACUUCGUGAACGUUACAGUACACAUUGCUUGAGGAAUAUGGUUCCAGUUUAUCCACAAUCAAAAAAUAUUAAGCAUGGAUAUCUUUUAUCAAAAAAGUCUGCUAACACAAGCAUCCACACCCAAUAUCGUAAGUCUCUGUUUGUCAUAACAGCAAGAUUUAUUCAUGAGUUUCCAAUAGAUCAUACCAAGCAGCAUCAUUCUACAACUCCUAAAUAUAGUUUCCCCUUAGAUAAUUGUAAAAUAGAAUCACAUACAACAGAAAAAUUCAUUUUAACAACUGAUACAAUGUAUUGUUUGAAAAAUACAAAUAAUCGUGAACAACAUGGUAGGUAUCGAAAUAUGAUAAUGUCAACGUUAUUUGGGAACCAACCAUCGUCCGAUAUCAAAAAAGGUGAGUAUACAAGAGUACAUAUGAGAGCUGAACCAAAGAGUAUAUCUUUUAAAUUACCAGAUUGCGACUCAAAUAAUGAAGAAGUGUUAAAAAAAUGGGUUAAUUCAAUCAAAAGAUUAACAUCAUUUAAGGAUGUCGCCUCUAGAGUGGCAUAUCUCAAUGGAAGGAUGGGUGAUAUUAAUCAAAUAUAUGAUCGAACAAUUGAUGAUGCCGGAUUAGUUAAAAUGCAAAACUACAUCUUCAGUGAAAUUGUUAGUGCAGAACAAGAAGAAGGAAAUUUGAAUGACCUUUCUGAUUAUGUUGUAGAUCCGCUCAAGGCUCCAAACGAACCAGAGGCUCAAUCGACUGCAUCAUACACUGAAAGUACUACACAUGUAAGGAAUAGUUCGUCGUCGUCAUCAUCAUCAUCAUCAUCAUCAUCAUCAUCAUCAUCAUCAUCAUCAUCACCUCUUUUAUCUGAGACGAAUUCGAAGAAUACUACCAAACCUGAUGAUUCAUUUGUUCAAUCUGUAAAAGCUGUUAUUCAUGAAAACAAACAUGAAUCUACCAAUGUAAUCGGUAACACAAAGGGGCGCCUUCCUUCUAAAACAAAUAAAGGUAUUAAAAUUAAAUUGACAAAAUCACUUUACUCUUAA